ACCCUUCGGACUGUUUUGUGAAAACACAAAAUAAAAUUCAAUUUUUUCCAACUCCUCCAAGCAAAGACAAAAGCAAAUUACAAAGAUGUGCAGCUGGCCUUGCUAUCCCUCUGCCGCCCUCUGCCCCUGCGGUGGGUGUGGACCCAGUGGCUUCUACGAUCCCUGCUUUGGACCCUACAAUGGUCCAUUCAACUCGUGGUGCGGUGCCAGCGGUCCAGGAUUCUGGGGCGGACGCUGUUGCUAGUCGGCGCUGGACAGGACAGAUCACGCAACAGUCGGGAGGGUUUGAAGAUUCAAAAAUGCAAUAAAAGCUCUGUGUUUUAAGUAUA